AGCUCCCAUAAUUUGGUAAUAGAAAACUCCCUAAAACUUGCAAUUAUAACAAUGAUAUGCAAAAUAUACAAAAGGAUAUAUUGAUAAACCAUGCCCUAAUUUCUGUAAACAUUUGCUGAUUAUGGGUCAAUUUAGAUAUUAUUAUCCGUAACACUGGAAAUAACUUACAUUUUUUUUUAUUCACAAUAGACUCUCAUCAAAAUUGAUGGAUAAUAAUGAAAAAGUUUCAAAUUCAAUUACUUUCCAAUUGUAAGUAAUUUUCUCGCGCAAUUUUCUAUUUUAAUUUCUAAAAGAAAAUUCCCUGAAACUAAAAAUUACUAAAUUUGUUAACGAUCAUGAUUUAAAUUUUAAAGUCUUAUAAGAUACCAUUGUAGAGGACCGGUAGCAGACUGGAAGGGGACCAACUGAAAAAAAGAAAGCAAAACCACUCUAGAAUUGUUUUCUUUCGUUUUUUUAAUAUUCCUCAAAACCUGUUACUUGCAGAAAGCCUGAAACUAAUACAUAAAUAAGAAAUUUAAAAAUAUUACUCUCAUUAGAUUCAAGCAUUUGGUCUCACUCAUGUGCUAGUGAAGCCCUAGAUUUUGAGUUCCCUUGAGCAUAACAGACAUCGUAACAAUGGCUUUCUGGUGGCCAAUAAUCGUGCUCGCUUUUGCCUAUGCGAUCUGCCGGUUCUUGUUGAUGCUUAUCCCGACCAAUGUGCCUUCAAUUGACGUCGAUGCAUCCGAUGUUUUAGAUGGGAAUCAAAAGGAAGAGAAUAGCUUCAUUUAUAUACCUCCGAGAGGAAGGACACAGCAACAGGAGAGAAAAGUCCAGUGCUAUGAGCCCGCAACCAUGAAAUACUUAGGAUUUUUCCCUGCCUUAUCGCCGACUGAGGUCAAGGAACGCGUGACACAAGCAAGGAAGGCACAGAGAAUAUGGGCAAAAAGCAGCUUCAAGCAAAGGCGACAGUUUUUGCGGAUACUUCUCAAGUAUAUUAUUGAACACCAAGAACUUAUAUGCGAAGUAUCUUCACGUGAUACUGGAAAGACAAUGAUAGAUGCCUCUUUAGGAGAAAUAAUGACAACAUGUGAAAAAAUCACUUGGCUUCUCUCAGAGGGUGAGCAGUGGCUAAAGCCUGAAUAUCGAUCUUCUGGGAGAUCAAUGCUUCACAAGAAAGCCAAGGUGGAAUUUCACCCUCUUGGUGUUAUUGGUGCCAUUGUGUCAUGGAACUAUCCUUUUCACAACAUUUUUAAUCCAAUGUUAGCGGCAGUCUUUUCAGGAAACAGCAUUGUGAUUAAGGUUUCAGAAAAUGCAAGUUGGUCAGGAUGUUUCUACUUUCGAAUAAUCCAAGCUGCACUUGCUGCUGUAGGAGCUCCAGAAAAUCUGGUUGACAUUAUAACAGGAUUUGCUGAAACGGGAGAAGCGCUCGUGUCUUCAGCUGAUAAAGUCAUAUUUGUUGGAUCACCUGGCGUGGGUAAGAUGAUAAUGAGAAAUGCUGCCAACACUCUUGUACCAGUUACACUUGAGCUUGGUGGGAAAGAUGCAUUUAUCGUCUGUGAAGAUGUUGAUGUGCCUCAUGUUGCACAAAUUGCUGUUAGGGCUGCUCUUCAAUCAAGUGGGCAGAAUUGCGCUGGGGCUGAAAGAUUUUAUGUACAUAAGGAUAUAUAUUCUUCUUUUGUCAGCGAAGUUGCUAAAAUUGUGAAAUCUGUUUCAGCUGGGCCACCACUUACCGGAAGGUAUGAUAUGGGAGCAAUAUGCUUACAAGAGCAUUCUGAUAAGCUUCAAAAUCUUGUAAAUGAUGCCAUAGAUAAAGGAGCAGUAAUUGAAGCUCGUGGGAGUUUCGGCCAUUUAGGUGAAGGUGCAGUAGAUCAGUAUUUUCCCCCCACUAUCCUUGUAAAUGUAAACCACACAAUGAAAUUGAUGCGAGAAGAGACUUUUGGGCCUAUCAUGCCAAUAAUGAAAUUUAGCACAGAUGAAGAGGCUGUCAAGCUUGCCAAUGACUGUAGAUAUGGGCUUGGUUGUGCUGUUUUUUCUGGUAGCCAACGCCGAGCCAAAGAGAUUGCUUCCCAGAUACACUGUGGAGUUGCUGCAAUUAAUGACUUUGCUUCGACUUACAUGUGUCAGUCGUUGCCAUUUGGUGGCGUGAAAGACAGUGGCUUUGGACGAUUCGCUGGUAUAGAAGGAUUGCGAGCUUGCUGCCUUGUGAAAUCAGUUGUCGAGGAUAGGUGGUGGCCUUAUAUCAAAACCAAGAUACCAAAACCCAUUCAGUAUCCUGUUUCGGAGAACGGUUUCGAGUUCCAGGAGUCACUUGUUGAGGCACUGUAUGGCUUGAACAUCUGGGACCGGUUGCGAGCAUUGGUCAAUGUUCUGAAAAUGCUAUCAGAGCAAAACUCCAGCGGCAAUAAGAGAAAUGACUGAGCUUAAAAAACAGUAGAAUGAAUUUACUCGUACUCUAGGCUCUUUGUUGCUUGAUUCCCCAAUGCCAUUGCUGUACUGCUACGUUUGAGCAUCUUUAGUUCACCAGUUUUGCAUGGUUUGAAAAUCAAGAUGCAUUUCCCUUGAUGAUACUAACCCGGACAUUUCCAAGGUGCUUAUACUCGACCUCAAAUCCUCAAGAACUUGUCAAUGAUACAAAAAUGAAAAAAUGUUUCUAGUUUAGGUUCUUUGGUCAUUUUGUUUCAUUCUUUUAUUUUGAUUUCCUUUUUUUUUUUUUUUUUAACUUUUUUCUUUGGGUGAAAAAAGCAAGAAUCACAUCCGUGGAUUAGUUUACAUGGCUUGACUUGGAAAAGAUUUGCGCCUCUUCGGGUCGGUAUUUAGACCUUGUACAACUCAAAAGGCAAUGCAUUGGGCCCUAGACCAGACCAGCCUGCGUGAUCCGGAAUUCUCUUUCUUCUGAACAGAAUCUGAAACUUUUUAUUAUUGUUAUUCGUAUAUUUUUCUUUAACUCAUACACUGUGCCUUGUAAUUUGGCAGUCUUUAUCGUACGAUUUGAUGAUUAUGCAUUUUCA